GCGGAAGAAAAACAAAAUGGCGUAUAAUGUGAAGCGGAAUUGACGCUGGUCGUUGUUGUAUACUUUACAUCAUUAACAUAUUAUAGUUUAAGUAUUUUAAUAAGAAUGUGGUAGUAAUCUGAAUCGAAGAUGGAGUUCGAUGAAAUUGUGGUGAAAGAGAGCCCAGGGCUUUGCCGGUGCUGUCUUUCUGAAGGUUGUUAUAAGGACUUAGGAACAGAGUAUGCAUGGAUGGACGAGACCGAAGUGUACGCCGAUAUGCUGCUAGAAUGCUUUGAUAUCAGUAUAUCGCAACACAUGGAAGGACCGAAUGGACCAAACCGUCUCAUCUGUGAGGUUUGCAUCACACGUCUUCGAGAUGCGUGUAACUUCAAGAAGCAAGUCCUCGAUUCCGAAAAGAAGUUUGUCGACAUGGUCGGUAGGGGCGAGUUCAAGUCGAAAGUAAUAGUUUAUCAGGAACAAAUGAAGUCUGAAAUGAUUAUGGAACCGCAACCAGCUCACGACGCUGAUGUUGAAUAUUUGGACGAGGAAAUUGAUUAUGAUGAUGGAAACAAAGACGAUUCAAACGAACCUACAGUAUCUGAAGACAUAACAGUUGAUGCGUUACCGAUAAAAGGCAAACGUGGAAGGCCUAAAAAGACAACCGUCAAACCGGAAAAGAAAAAAUCGAAACUAGAGGAAAAGGCUAAACCGAAAAUUGUCAAAGAUGAAGGGCCGUACGACCACUGUACCUCUGAGCGGAGAAGGAAAAACUUGCAAAUACUGUUCAACAAUACAUCAAUAAUUCCUUUUAAAUGGCGGGGCAGGUAUCUCUGUUUUUAUUGUGGCCAGAACUUCACAGAAUAUGCGACAUUCAGAAAGCAUACAAAGUCUCAUGGCCUGUGCAGUACAAGCGAUUACGCCCUAAAAAUUAUCAAAGGAAAUCAUGUAGAAAUAAAAAUUGACAUAUCUGAAAUUAUUUGUGAAAUAUGUUACGAGCCAUUGACAAGUUUUAGCGAAAUAAUUGAUCAUUUGAUAGGGAAACACGAAUUGGAAUACGAUAAAACUAUUUUUACGCCAUACCAGGAAUAUAGACUAGUCGAUUGUCGAUGUCAGUUAUGUGGCCAAGAAUUCGCGUAUUUCGGUUAUCUUAUUAGUCACACAAAUAUUGCUCAUCCUCAGAACAGUUUCAUAUGUGAUAAUUGCGGUGAAAGAUUUAAUAAGAAGAGAGAUUUAGCAAUGCAUAUAAGACAUUAUCAUAGAGACGGUGGCUAUCCGUGUGAUGAGUGUUCGGAAAUAUUCGAAUCGCAUCUUCUUUUACGGAAACACAGGAAUAAUUUUCAUUUUAGGCGAUGUAAGAGUUGCGAUUUACGUUUUCCGUCGUACACACUUUUACAGAAGCAUAUUAAGUGUGACCAUUCCGAUGAUGGUAAUUAUAAAAAUUGUCCACAUUGUUCCAAACAAUGCCAAACUUCUCAAGGCUUAAACCAGCAUAUUCGAAAAUGUAAGCGAAAAAAAGGAACUAAAAUGCCGACACCCCUUUUUCCGGAUGACAAUUUGCUACAGCCGAAUAAGAAACAAAACGUUCAGCAAAUUCGAAAAAAUAUUCAAUGUGUCCUUAACAUGUCAACCGCUGUGCCAUUUAAAUUUUUCGCUAAAUAUUCUUGCUUCUAUUGCUCCAAAUAUUUCGUUGAAUUUGAUGAGCUUAAAGAACAUGUAGUCGCUGAACAUCCUAUCUGUGAUUUGAAAGAAAAAUGCAUGAAGAAUUGUAAAGGUGAAAGGAUAACGGUUAAAAUUGAUAUAUCUUCAUUAUCUUGUCGAGUCUGCUUUCAACCAAUGGAAAAUGUCGACACACUUAUCGACCACCUCAUAACGAAACACACGGCAGAUUACGAUAAAUCAAUGACGGGAUGCUUUGAACCAUUUAAAAUAAUCAAAGACAACAUCCCUUGUCCCAUAUGUUCAAAUGUAUUCAGAUAUUUUGGUACACUUUUACGGCAUAUUAACUCUGAACACAGUAAUAACAAUAAAAUAUGCGAUUUCUGCGGGCGCAGUUUUAAAAAUGUUGCAAAUUUAAAAGUUCAUAUCACUUACGCGCAUACUGGCUCCUGCGAGUGUGAAAUUUGUGGUGCGAAAUACAAGAAUCAGUGGUGUCUGGGGCGCCAUAGAGCGAAAUCACAUAAUGCUAAAGAUUUCCAAUGCACUAAAUGUCCUGAACGAUUUCAGUCCCAGUACCAUAAGCAGAAACAUUUGAUAAAAGUACACGAUAUAGGUCACAAAUGUACGUAUUGUGGUAAAAUGUUCACAAGGAACUCAUUUAUGAAGGAUCAUAUACGUAGAACUCAUUUGAAGGAAAAGAACGUGCCGUGUACGGUUUGCAACGAGAAAUUCUUCGAUAAUUAUCUAUUGAGGAUGCACAUGGUGAAACAUAAAGGUGAAAGGAAGUUUAGUUGUGAGGUUUGUGGUAAAGCGUUCCUUCGACGAAGCAACUUGAGUUCCCAUAAAGAAAUGCACAAAAAAUAUGGACAUGUAUGAAAUUGUGUUCUGCUCAACAAUUUGUACAUUUAAAUAUACUAUUUUUUAACUUAUUCCGACCGAAUAUUUUCCUAUUUCUUCAUAUGUGUAAGGUUCAUUAACAGUUCACUCAGAAACAACAACACAGAUACGUCAAAUUAUAUCGGCGUGUAUUAAAUGAAUGACGUUCGUGCUUGUUAAACAGGAUGUCUUAGUUUGCGUGUGAUUUAUGUUAGAUUGGAGAAGGCAAAAAAAAUAAAUUGAUAAUAUUUGUUAAUGCACGCUGAUAAUUGAUCGUGGAGUCGCGUGUUUUGUUUUUGAGCAGAAGAUCUAAACGGCGUUAUUUAUAAAAUUAGUUUGGCGAUGUUUAGUUGACUGAUUUCUUUUUUGACAUUGGACAUUUUUUAGAAAAAGACCUGGUUGUUUUAUUAAAUUUAGACAUUAACUAAGUUCUCAAACUGACAUUAUCUCAAACGAAAUCUCUUAAUAUAAGUUAUCAUCAAAUUUUGGUCAUUAAAUUUUCCCAAUAUAUAAAGAUGCAAUAUUUUUUAUAAGAGGCAGAUUUAAAUUUUAUAAAUGUAACUGAUCUUCGCCCCUAACAUCUCUCGUCUAAUUUUUUUAAUAUUGCCAUAUUUAAUGCAUUGACGCUCCGAUUACUAAGUGUUGUUAUCAAAUAUCAUCUUAAGCGAACGAUGAAAACAAUUAUUUUAAACGUUUAAGAUUCGAAUUAAUUGUAAGCGUCAUAAUUAAAAAAUGGUACGAAGAUUUAACCUAAUCUGCAAAUUAGUUUUUGAAUUGAGUGAAUGCUAUAUAAAGAGUGGAUAUUAUUUAAUACAUAUUUACUUACGGAAAUUGGUGAAAUCUAUUCAUUUGUGCUCGGUUAACGGUAUCUAAAAUUGUCUUGCUAUUUCCGGAUCAGAAGGCAACGAAUGACGUAUAAUAGGGAUCAUAUGAAAAGUAUAUACAAGCUGAUCUGUAAAAAAUUGUAAGCGUUUAUCAAACGAUACUGUUGUUAACCAAAACGAAACGUUUUUUUGAAUAUUGUAACCGAUCUGUAGAUGAGAGGUGUUCAGAACUGCGUAUUUCUGAUGUACCGUUGCUACAAGCAGUAUCUUUAAGUUCUGACUCAUCGUGAGAUAACUUUAAGGGGCUAAUAAUCUUCUAAAUUCGUUUCAAUUUAACCAUUCAUUUUACUCAGUGAAAUGCGUUUAAUUUACACAAUGGAGAUGAAUCAUAUAUUGACGAUAUAAAAAUUCUAAAAUAAUC